UCAGAUGUUGGGGAAUGACAUCAAGUAUCAGGUGCGAGAGCCUGUUGGACUGAGGGUCUGGAUCCUCAUCUCUGCAGUAGCCUUCACAGUCAUGGCCUUGAUGGCCCUGGUGUUGCCCAAGCAGCUGUAUGACAUAGUGUUUGAAGAGGAGAUCAACAACACCAGUGUCUCCAUCAGACUCUAUGGGGGAGCACUGCUCAGUCUGUCCCUCAUCAUGUGGAAUGGUGUCUAUACACAAGAGAAGAUCAUCAUCCAGUGGACUCUGCUCAGUGAAGCAUGCUACUUUGCCAUCCAGUUUUUAGUGACGUCAGUCACUCUAGUGGAGAUGGGCUCGUUGCCCAACGCUGCAAUCUUCCUCCUCCUCAGCCGAGUAAUCUUCCUCCUGGUCACUCUGCUCUACUACUACUACCUGGGCAGAGGACGACCCAAGAAGAUCUGAUGGCGAGGGGAACUUUGCUUCCAGAUGUGGGCUCAGAGGGAGGUGGGGUGUAUUGAGGGAGGCAGGUAGCCUAGUGUUUAGAGCAUUGGGUCAGUAAAUGUUGCUAGAUCGAAUCCCCGAGCUGACAAGGUAAAAAUCUGUCGUUCUGCCCCUGAACAAGGCAGUUAACCCACUGUUCCUAGGCCAUCAUUAUAAAUAAGAAAUUGUUCUUAACUGACUUGCCUUUAAAAUUAAGGUUACAUUUUUAAAAAUGUAAUGAGUUAAAAGUGUAGAAAUGUAAUGUGCAGUGGUGGAAAAAGUACCACAUUUACAUACUUGAGUAAAAGUAAAGACACAAUAGAAAAUGCCUCAAGUGAAAGUCACACAGUAAAAUAAUACUUGAGUAAGGCUAAAAGUAGCUGGUUUUAAAUGUACUUAAGUACAGUGGUGGAACAAGUACUCAAUUGAGUAAAAGUAAAUUCUAAAUAUCAAAUUACUUAUAAUAAGCAAACCAGAUGGCACAAUGUUCUUGUUUUUUUUUGUAAUUUACGAAAGGACGGGCAGACUCCAACACUCAGGUCGUGUCUACACUUGACACUUACAUGCGACUUGUGCUAUCAGAAUAAGAAGAUCGCAUGGAAAAGACUGGUCUGAUUGUGUUCAUUCUGGCUGAAUGCGUUGCGUGUGGAUUUCUCCUCAGUCUGGACACAAUCAGGCUACUGAAGGCGCAUAUAGUGGGUGACGUGAUCAGCACUCCUCACACAAGUCUCCAGAAAACGUGUGUUUUGGGACAGAGACACCGUUUCAUUAUAACGUUGGAGGAAAUACGUUCCUAGCGGGUGAGGAUAGUGUUUGCUGGCCUCAUAAAUGCUAGCCAGCUAGCUAAUAUUUAGAAAAACUGUUUUUUCUUGGCUAGAGUUAUGCUAACCCAUUUGCAAUCCCUUUAGAGUAGCUUGCUGGCUAGUUACAGAGGUUAGCUACCGUAGUUAGCUAUUGCCAUCAGUUGUGGUGUUAUUGUCGUAUUUGGCCUAUUCCACCGUUUGUAGAAUGCAUACUGGCAUGUGCAUGUAGUGCGGGGAAAGGGAAUCCGGAGACACUGUGGACACAGUCGACACAUAUACAUUGCAUUCGGAAAGUAUUCAGACACCUUGACUUUUUUCAAAUUUUGUUACGUUACAGCCUUAUUCUAAAAUGGAUUAAAAAAAAUUAUAAUCCUAAUCAAUCUACAUACA